AUGUUACCCUUUAGGCCCCUUAGCCAGUUCGUUUUUCAGUUCCUGAUCAUAACGUCGACUGCUUUGGGCAAGGCCUUCAUACAGGCGUACAAGGAAAUUAUAAAAAACAAGAAUACGCACUUUAUCAAGGAAAAGUACAGCACGUGCAUGAACGUGGAGGAGGCGCUGAAUAUCCUGAACGUGGAUAAGAGCAAAAUUUGCAAAAAUUUAACAAGAGAGGAAUUGAAUGCCCUGCGGGAGGAGAUUCACAACAGACACAUGAUACUGAGCAAGUUGAAUGAGAAGAGCGGGCCGUAUAAUGGCUCUGCCUACAUUCAGAAGAAGGCAGAAAUUGCCAGGGACGUGUUGCUGCAGAGUUUGAAGCAGCAGUGA